AUGUCGGCAUUCAAGUCAUUUCCAACUGUCCGGGGCGAAGGUGGUCUGUCUAGACGACGCGAUUCUUCAGCCCUUUCCACCCUUCCCGAAUCUGAACCUCAAGUGCGCCGCGAGAGCCUCGCUGCCCGUUCCGAUUCCCAAGGUGCUGGUACUUCCCUGGAUCUCCCAUCGAGCAGGCUCUCGACUACACAACCAUCUUUGUCUGGUUCUCAGAAUGCAAAAGAAGCAAAGGACAAGAGACCUUCGUUUAAAUCUAUUUCACCAAGUCCCCCUCCCAAUGCUGGGCUUGACCCUCUAAGUACGCAAAUAUACCUGCGAACCAACAGCAAUACUGCAGAGCCUACUAUUGCACAACGGCUUCGAAGUCAGGGUAGAUCUGAAAGUGACAACAUCCAGAGGCAAAGUUCAGAAGUCAGCAAUUCUGCCGGGAACCCUCAGGAUUCUAGCAAGGAUCGGAGGAAAGGAGUGUCUUUCCUUAGCCGACUGGGAAUGCGUGGAAGUUGGAGGAAAGAUGAUGACAUGUUGGACUCUGAUUCUGAGUUGGGUGAACUACGAACCGACGGUGCGUAUGCUCGAGCUCUCACGUCUGUCAUGGGCGCAGGGGGCGGUUACAUACCACUACACAAGGAACCUCCACGGUAUAUCCGAGUCAAGGCGCACAACAAGAAAGAAAGAGAGUAUAACCACUUGUUCCUCGCGCAAGAACUUACCGCCUCUGAACACAAGCCACAAAAUACUCACGGUCGAGCGGUAGCAACAGCAGUUGGAAGCAAGAUCCUCCGAGGCGGUGAUGCCAUAUGGGCGGCCGAAUUUAGCUUGGAUGGACGAUACCUAGCCGUUGCAGGAAAGGACCAGAUCGUGCGCGUAUUUGCCGUUAUUUCAACCCCCGAGGAACGCAAGGAACACGAGGAAGAAGAGGCGCAACAUGGUACUCAUGGCGAGAAGCUCAGUGCUCCGGUUUUCCGCACCAAGCCCGUACGAGAAUUCAGGGAACAUACAGGCGAGGUACUUGCCCUAAGUUGGAGCAAGAACAACUUUUUGCUUUCUUCCUCAAUGGACAAGACUGUCAAGUUGUGGCAUAUGAGCAGGAAUGAUUGUCUAUGCACAUUUGUCCACAAGGAUUUGGUUACAUCCAUAGCCUUCCACCCUACGGAUGAUCGGUUCUUUCUUGCAGGAUCGCUGGAUGCGCAACUGCGAUUAUGGAGUAUCCCGGACAAGAACGUGGCUUUUCAAGCGCCGGUGGGUGAGUUUAUCACCGCUGUGGCGUUCUCCCCUGAUGGUAACAUAGCCAUCUGCGGUGUACUGAGUGGCUUGUGCACUUUCUAUACUACCGAGGGACUGAAGCUCAAGUACCAAAUCCAUGUGCGGUCCUCGCGGGGUAAGAAUGCCAAAGGAAGCAAGAUUACUGGCAUUCGAACCAUGACCAUCCCAGAGGGGCCCGAAGCUGGGCAAGUCAAGGUCCUCGUUACUUCCAACGAUUCCCGAGUUCGAAUUUACAACCUAAACGACAAGGUGAUCCAGGUCAAGUAUAAAGGGUUGGAAAACCAGUCAAGUCAGAUCAAUGCACGCUUCAGCGACGAUGCCAACUACAUCAUCUGUGGAAGUGAGGAUCGCAAAGCAUAUAUCUGGAAGGUUGGUUCCCAGGAUGACAUCAAGGAUAAGCAACCAUACGAAUCGUUCGAUGCCCAUCCUGAAGUUGUUACCACAGCACUGAUGGCACCCAUGAAGAGUCGGCAGCUGCUGAGUGCCUCGGGUGAUCCCAUCUACGACCUCUGCAACCCACCACCCGUGACAUUAAGGAGCCUUGAGGAGAGUACGCCAAGCCAGUCAGCUCCGUCCGAGGAAGAGAAUGGCGACUCCCUUCAUAGCAACAAGCGCCCGGAAGAAACACCCGCAUAUGUCGAGCGUUCCAGGCACCUUGACGGAAACAUCAUCAUCACUACUGAUAGAACGGGCAAGAUCAAGGUAUUCCGACAGGACUGCGCCCAUAAGAAGAGGCAGCAGGGAUUGUGGGAGUCAGGCUCUAGGUUGUCCAAUCGCCUGUCUGGUGUUGGUAGAAGUGGAAGUGUCAUGACCAGAACCAGUGCUAGCAGUCGUGUACAGUCUAGGCGUGGAUCACUCACCAUUCCUAGCCCCAACCCUAUUCAACUUCAGCACGCUUCCGACAGAAUCAACAGCUGGCGACAAGAUAUCGAUGGAGGACGACCCGGUCUGGCCCCCACACCAGCACGAAGUGAACGGUCCAUGUCACCAAGCAAGCAGGCUCAGUCACCUGUCAAUUCAGCUGCAAACCUGGCGGCAGAGUCUCGAAAACAGCCUUACGCAUCGAGCCCAAUUACUCGUCCUGCCCCAACAAGUCCCGCUGGUAGUGGCUUGUCGCACCGUACCACGAUUAGAGCUUCGAAUGACCGGGAUAGAAGCAACAGUAUCACAAGUCCACCAACGCCGAGUUUCAGUCUUAUCAGCGCGUCUGACUCGGACGGCUUGAACGAUCGAGAAGGCAGUUUCUGGAAUCUGAGCAGAUGGAGAAGUACCCGUCAGAGCAACCGUCACUCUUCCGUGUUGUCGAGCUCCAAUGGAUCUCCGAACCUGGGCCAAAGCCGUCCAGGGAGCGAUUUUCUUAGCGCCAAGGACCGUUCAUCCCUAAGGAUGAGUCUGGGUAUGAAUGACUCAAAGCCUAGUCGCGAGGAGGUAGCCAAUCGGCGGAGAUCAGCAGGGCCUCGGUUGACGUCGAGAUUGUCGGUGCAGGGCGAUAGCAAAAGUUUGGUUGAAGAGGAAGUCGAUACACCCGAGCAAAUCACCCCGACUAAGAAGCGGGUGGAUUCUGGCGUUGGACGUAUAAGUGACGAGUCAGCGACUUCUGUACAGCCAUAA